AUGGAAACCGGCAGUUCAGAAGCCCAGCCAGCGAGCGGCUGGAGUGGCACUCAAAUCGCACUGAUAACUGUGUUGGCAGUCGUCGCUUGCGCAUCGGUACUCGGGUUCGUCGUCAAGAUUUUGGGGUGCUGGCUGGAAUCGAGGGAAAUGACACGUAGGGUGGACAGCGCAGUAGCAGAACUUGGCCUUCAGAAACCCCGUGCCGCGUUACUUCAAGAAAAGCCAAACCGCCGAAAUAUUUCUAUCAGCGCCAACACCCUCAGGGGCUCCGAAGCAUAUUCUGCUACAGUCCCUGCGGUUCAGCCCCUUCCAUUUGUUGUACAGCCCAGUCCGUCUGUUGUACAGCCCAGUCCGUCUGUUGGCGGCCGCGAUGACGAGAGUGACAGCAGCGACAGCGAUGGGAGUGUGGAGUCACCUCGGGGUACGAGCGUUGUCCAGCCUCGUAGAGCAGUGCCGGCAACCCAAGUUCAACCGAGCGAGAUCAAACCGAUCAUUUUGCUACGAAGGUCACAGAUCUACGACGGCAACCUGGGGACCGCCGUUGUUGAUCAGGACUUCGAGAUUUCCUUAGACGGCUCCUUGCCCCAAGCCAUUGAUAAAAAAGAAUCGCCCAUGGCCCGUCGCACGCAGAAUCCGUCUCCGGCACGGGACUCCCGACUUCAAAUCAACCGCUACUGGACCGAAGAUACAGCCAAGUCUGCCCCAGAAAAACCGCCAAGUCAGGGCUAA